AUGGGAGACAUGUCAGCGUCCGAUAUUGCACUUGAUUCCGUGGGGCUGGACGAGCUCAACAGUCCGGAGGCAAAGGCUUUGCUCGACACAAUCGACAGCCUCCGGGAGCUGCAGGUUGGUGAGAUUGUUAAUCUGCCACAAAUCAUCGUUGUUGGGGACCAAUCUUCAGGCAAGAGCUCCGUCUUAGAAGCCAUUUCCCGUGUCCGCUUCCCCACCAAGGGUGACGUUUGCACUAGGUUCGCCACGGAGUUGGUCCUGCGACGAAGCCCGGAGACCAAGAUCGAGGUCAGAAUUGACUGGGCGACUGGGGCUGGAUCUGGCUCCUCUCAGCAGUUCCACCGAACCAGCUUUGACAAGGAUGCUCUCCCCGAAAUCAUCAAUGGAGCUACGGAGAAGAUGGGAAUCCGCGUCGGCAAUUCAAAGGGCUUCUCUAAAGACAUCCUUCAUGUGGAGAUAGCUGGCCCAGAUAUCUACCCCGUCACUCUUGUCGACUUGCCUGGCUUCUUUCAUUCUGAGACUGCAGACCAGACUCGAGAAGACAAGCAGAUCGUGAAGGAGCUCGCAGAGUCCUACAUGAAGCAGCUGAAGAGUAUUAUUCUCGUUGUUGUCUCAGCCAAUCAGAACCUUGCAAACCAAAUGGUCGUUGAUGAGGCCAAGGAAUAUGAUCCUAACAGGGAGCGCACACUUGGCAUCAUCACGAAGCCUGACCUAACCGCACCGGGAUCUCAGGAUGAAAGGAAGUGUCUCCAGCUCAUCAGAGGUCAAGAGAGCAAGCACAAGCUAAAGCUAGGGUGGCAUGUUCUACGCAAUCGACCGGAGGGCCAGGAAAAGACGACAGCAGACGACCGAGAUGCAGAAGAAGAGAAGUUCUUCCAGUCUGGCGCAUGGUCUAGCAUCAAUCCGAUGAGCCGCGGCAUCACACCCCUGCGGAGGAAGCUCAGCAAAGUGCUUCUGCAACAUAUCCAGAAGACACUUCCUGGUCUGAUUGAGGAGAUCGAGAGUAACCUCUCUGCCCGCCAGAGAGCCAUUGAACAACUUGGAAAGCCCCGCUCGGAACCAGAUGAGCUGCGAACGUAUUUGCUAGAGAUCGCGGAGCGGUUUCAGCGUCUUGCGCGUGAUGGCAUCGACGGGCGGUACGGCGACGAGUUCUUCGGCGACCUGUACAACAGUCAGGGAACGCGAAAGUUGCGUGCGUUACUCAGAUCAUUCAACCGUGCGUUCCACGCGACCCUGGUCUCCAAAGGAGUGGAUCGUGAGAUUGAGUGGGAUGAUGAAGAACGCUUUUCCUUUGAUGACGGCGGCUUCGAGUGGAUUCGGAACGGAGAUGACCCGCCCGAACACCUAGAAGCAUUUCUUGAUCUCUUCAAAAACUUCCCAGACCCCACUGAGAUAUCUGAAACUGAGCUUUGCAAGGAGCUCGAGGACCUGGCGGCGGCAAAUCAGGGGACUGAAUAUCCCGGUCUCCCCAAUGGCAACCUGGGCUUCCAGCUUUUCAAGAUGCAAGCCAAACCUUGGGGUGGCAUUGCAGACUUUUACCUAGAUCAAGUCGUCGACUUUGCCAAGGCGUUUGUAGAAGAUUUGUUCAUUCACAUCAUUGGAGCCGACAAACAGACCGCCAACGCUAUCUUGGUGUUUUGUGUAGGCGGAUUCUUUGAGGAGAGGCGAAAACUGCUGAAGGAAAAGCUACAAGAAAUCCUCCGGCCAUAUGUAUCUACAUACGGUCCACCGCUUGACGCAGAGUUCCACGCAACCCUUUCGUCCAGGAUUACUAGACGGGAGGCGGAACGUGUUGCAAGCUUGCUCGAGCAAAAGUUUCCCGCAGCUUUCACCGACAAACCUGGAAAGGGCCUUACAUAUGAAGCGGUCGAGGAGGCCAUUAGCAGUGCGGGGGCGGCCAAGGCUAGCGAAUUCGGUACGGAAAAGGUCAUUGACAUGGCAAUGACACACUUUCAGGUACAGACAGCCGCCGGGGAAAUGUUCGAUGAAGACUGA